CUGAGGUUGAACAUUAAGACAGUGUUCAGUGUGUGACGGGCUUUCAGAGAUGCAGCGUCUCUGCACUACGCUCUGUGGGCUUCUCACUUCCUGUCUGUGUUCCUGGGGUUCCGUUUCCUCUUUUUCCGUCAGUCAGUCUCCGUCUACAGUUAUACUGAGUGAAGGAGAACAACUUCAGAUCAUCUGCAGCUACAAUGUCAGCAACAAUCAUGGAGUAAAAGUGAAAUGGUUUAAAAACAAUCAGAAACUUGAAUUGAACCAAACUGACAAAUUCACAGAAACCUGCAUCAACAAAUCCUGUACAACAUUAGUCAUAAAAAACACUGAAAUAAAUGAUGAAGGCUUUUAUAUUUGUCAAGUUACACAAGACGUUCCUCGCUUGGUGAAUGUAAAUGGAACAGAGACAAAAGUUACAUUCAAGAACAAGAGUGAAGAAGGCACAGUUACCUCUACAACUCUGACCAAUUCACCCACAACGCCAACAAGAAGCAGUGGAUCCUUGGAGGUGGCGGUAGGGGGGUCGGCAUCGGCUGCUGUGGUCAUUCUGUCCAUCUGCGUGUGUGUGUGUGUGUGGUGGAUGAAGACAAGAUCCAAACAAUCAGAGAGAGUGGUGAUCAGGGAAGGGCCUCCGAGCGAAGGGGAUGAACCAGAACACAGCGAGGACGGAGACAGCUCAAGAACUUCCAGAGGAUCCACACAAUGGUAUAUGGUUCCUGUGUACGAGUCCUACUUCGAUCUGCAGAGGAGUGACGAAAAUCAGUCUGCAGACUCAGACGGUUCCACAUGUGCAGCAGCUCAGAAGUGAUAACACAGAUAAAGAGGAACAAACCAACAGGAAAUAUAGUCAGAAACCCCAGCUAACGUGAGCAGAAUGUUGGUCAUUUCAGUGGAACACGGGUUUUGUGUCACAAAUCAAUUUAAAGAGCAUCGAAAUCAGUUUAGCAAAGAAUUUACAUCAUUAAACAGUAGCUUUGACUCUGCUGCUCUGGGAAAGUGAAAUAAAGGAAAGUAAAGGAAAGUGCUCAUUUUAUUAGCAGGCGGAUUUUAUUAAAAACUGUCAGUCAGAAGGUUUAUUUUUUGUUUGCUUGUUUUUGUCUGUAGCCAGACAGAUAAAUUGUUACCUACAAACACCAUGAACGUUUGUAAGGAGCUGGUACUGUUUGGUGUCAUUUAGCAAAGUUUAACUGCAAAGUGGGUUGAAACAAAUUAAAUUUUCCAAUCUUGUGCCAAGCUUUCCAGCCAUUAGCUCUAUUAUAUUAUGAAUUUAAACAGUGCAAGAGUAAAUAGAGGCUAAUUGAGCAUCAAUGCUGGAAUUGAAGGCUUGUUUUCUUUUUAGCUUUUUGCUAACAAGGCUAACAAUGAAGCGCACGAGGUGUGUAUUUCUGCAGUAGUGUUUGGUGUGUGAUAGCAUCUAAAUGUUUUUUUUCUGUCAAAGCUGUGCGCGUGCGUGUGUGUGUGUGUGUGUGUGGGUUUGAUCUAGUGCAUGAAAAUGUGUUUCUCAGUUAAAGAUUUUCUUCUUUAUUGCUCUGUUAUAGAGAUAAAAGAAUAAAGUGUCCAUGUUGUUGUUGUUGUUUUUGUUGUUGUUGUUGUUCUUCUAAUUAUUAUUAUUAAAUAAAUGAAUAUUUAAAUAAAA